AUGCAAGAGAAGAUGAAGGUGAAGAAAGGUUGGCUAGCGGUCCAAGUUGGCUUGGAAGAAGAAGACCGUCGUCAAGGUUACGACACAUCGAGAAAAUUCGUGAUCCCAAUCUCUUACCUCUACCAUCCACUCUUCAAAAACCUUCUUGACAAAGCCCACGAAGUGUUUGGUUACCACGCCGCCGGCCCGCUGAGGCUGCCUUGCUCGGUGGAUGACUUCCUCCACCUCCGGUGGCAGAUUGAGAGGGAACCCGACCACCACCACAGCCACAGCCACCGCCACCACAUCCACCGUGGCGGCAGCAGCAGCAGCCACCACCACCACCAUCAUCUCCUUCCGACGGCGUUUUCCUUUCACUCUUGUUAA